UUAGGCAGCCAUCUUUGAUAUCGAUAAAUUUUCACAAGUAAAAUUUUCCUGGCGUGGGUGUGCCUGCAUUAUUCGCUAAGAUUUCGAGAUAAACUAGGAAUCAAGCAGUUGGAAAAAAACUGAAAAAGCCAUCCAGUAUCCCAGACCUGUGAGACGAAGGACUGCACCAGCCGCACACCAGGAUAGCCAAAAAGGAAAGCGCACCAGGAGGAUAUACAUAACUCAGUACAAGAUGCCACGCUACAGGGAGUGGGAUUUGGCCUGCAAGGUCUACGUAGGCAACCUGGGCUCCUCGGCCUCCAAAUACGAGAUUGAGAACGCAUUCAGCAAGUACGGCCCCUUGCGCAACGUCUGGGUGGCCCGCAACCCGCCGGGAUUCGCCUUUGUUGAGUUCGAGGACCGACGCGACGCUGAAGACGCAACUCGCGGCCUGGACGGUACCCGCUGCUGUGGCACUCGCAUCCGCGUCGAGAUGUCUUCGGGCAGGUCUCGGGAGGGCCGCGGCGGUGGCGGUGGAGGCGGCGGCGGUGGUGGCGGCGGACCGCGCCGUGGUGGACGCAGCGGUAGCGGAGGCGGCGGUGCCCGCGCUGGCGACGGCGGCGGACGCUAUAGGACAAAGUCUUCUUCUUCUACUACUACUACAAGCACAACAACAACAACAUCUCCAAAUCUAAUUAAAAGAACAACAACAACUACAACAGUUAAAAGAACAACUCCAACAGCUACUACUACUAGAACUUCUACUACUCCUCUUCCUUCAACAAGAGCUACUACUACUACUACUACUACAAGAACAAGAAUUUCUCCUCCUAUUACACACAUUUCACCACCAACUCCAACACCACAACCACAACCACAACCAAUAUCAAUAUCACAACCAACACCACAAAAACAAAACCGAAUUCAACAAGAUAUAGUAGUAGCCACUGCCACUGCAGCAAUUCACUGCAGAGGACGAGACUUGUUGUGCGGCAUUCGUAUGAUAAUUGCCACCAUUGCCAUUGCCGAAUUGAAAUUCAACAAAUUCGAUAUAUUCCGUUGACGAUUUCCAACUGACCGCAACUUUAACUGCCACUGCAACUGCUACUGCCACUGCUACCGCUACUGCAAACUGCAAACUGCAAACUGCAACCGCAACACUCUACACCCCCUUCAGUAAUUCAGCAUGAAUCUCAGGCCGAAAUUCAGUCAGCAUCAUCUCCAGCAACGUCUCUCCAGCUGCAGCUCCACAAAAGAUUCAAAAAAAAACCAGCCACAGCACCACCCACUCAGCAUACACUCUACACAUACACUCAUUAAAGCAUUUUUUUUUCAUUCACGGUCUUCUGAUGGCGUCUUUUAGUUGAGCUUGGCCAUCGCAUCGUGCCAGUGCCCAUUGUCUUUGUCUUCCCACAAGCCACACCAACACUCUUCUUCCAUUAACAACACCACCACCCAUCACCACGAACAACAGAGCGACCACGGCAUCGCAUCAGCGGCAAAUAGCAACAGUAACUCCAUAGCGGCCAGCCAACCCAUCAUAGUUGUACAUUUCUAUGUAUAUAUCUUCAGUCAGCCAAUCUUGCAACUUUCAACGACUCCAGGCCAGGUUCCACUUCAGUUUGGUCUUCUUCCGUCCACCACCACCACCACCACCAACUUACCAACUUGUUCCGUGUCCCCAACAAAACAGCCCAACCACCCAACAGUACCACCACAACCACAUCCAACAACCAACCAACCAACCAACCACCUCAUCAUCUGUCAUCGCUAGUUCAGCAACAGCAUCAGCGACAGCAACAACUUCAACAACAGGCUAAGGCUACUGCUACUUCUACUGCUACUUCAACAACAAACAGCAGAACCAGAACCAGAACCAGAAAGAAACAUCGUAGAAUCCCCCUGAUUUCUUGCCAAGUACCCUUCCCCAAAUGCUAUCAAGAUCGAGGCUGCUUCACGCUAAUCCCUUCAAGUUCAAGCGCAGCAAGUAUGAAUCCUUUGCCGCCUCAUUCUUCUCCUUGUUUUGGCCAAAUGGGCAAGACAAGGCCAACAAAGGCGGACCGAGUCUCUAACCACAACUCUUGUUUCUUAAUUUUAAUAUUUAUGGUUUCUGCUAAUGUGUUUUUAUUAUUUUUUUUAACAUCUACCGAGAUAAUGUUGUUCAAGCUAACUGUCUGACCUUUAUAUACUCUAUAUAUGUUGUAUAUAUAUGUGCGUGUGUGUGCUUUGACUCGAUCUGUUCAGCAAACAGGCAAACAUACCAGGAGCCAGGGCCACCCACUCUUCAGUCUUCAGUCCUACAACAACCUUCAGUUCAUCCCCAGCUCUAAGCUUCUCCAUCAAGGGUGCUCCAUCUCUUCACAUCGCGUCUGCUAAUUGAUGCUUCUGCUAAAAACACCCCACCACAACAGCUUCUUCAUCCUGCAACUACACAACUAGCCAACUAGCAGCUGCUGCAAGAAUUUGGGGAACUAAGAGUAGAACUAAAUCACCAACAAACCAACCAAUCAACCAACACACACCAACCAACCACAGCCACAGCCACAGAAACCACCACAGUCUAGUCCACAGUCAGCUCAGCUCAGUUCAGAUCAGAUCAGAAUUGUAUCUCGUUCCAAAACUCAACAAGAACCUACUAUUACUACUACUACUGUUACUACUAUUACAACUACUACUACUACAACUGCUACUAGUACUACCAACAGUCUUCUCAGUCUGCUCUGCUCAUCAACCAAAAACCAACUAAGCAACCAACCAACCAACCAACCAACCAGUCAACCAACCAAUAUAUCAGCCUACCAAUCAACCAACCACCACCAACCAACCAACCACCACCAACUACUUUAUGUAAAAUGUCACACCAACGCUUUCGUAAAAAUGGGGCCAAAAAAAAUUAUCAAAAAAAGCAUAAGCAAGCUAUCAGCUAAAAAUCUUCACCACCUUCAAGCACCUUCAGCCACCUAUAUAGCUCUCUGCUCUAAGCUCCGCUCCGCUCAGAUCAGCUCAGCUCAGACCUCAGCUCUAAAUCAGCUCUGAUCCGUAUCCGAUCCAACAGAUCCGUCAGAUUUAUCCAUCAAUCCAACUAAUGUCAAGUUCAAGUCCAAUUGGGUCUUGUUCGAAUCGAAAUCGAUAUCGAGAUCUAUAUCGAGAAUCUAGAUCUCCACAACUUUGCGUAUCUUAAGGAAUUGUUACUACUACUACCACUACUACUACUACUUUACAUCGCGCCUAGCUAAGCUAAGUCUUAAAAAAUCUAUUUAAUGUGUAUUUUUUCUCUUCUCUCUCUCUCUUUCUCUUUCUUUCUUUCUCUCUCUCCUUUCUCUUUUGAUUUCAUCUCCUUGUGCUGUCUGUGUGUGUGACCUGCGAUUUUAUUUCCUCCAUCGCCUCCACCACAACCACAACCACCACCACCACCCACCCAUCUCA